GUGUCACCUUACCUCUCCCCAUUUUUGCGUGAAUACCUCUCUCUCUCUCUCUCUUUCUCUCUCUCUCUAACACCAGUCCACAAUCCAUGACGAGCCAUACCACCAUCAAUGCCGGAUCCUCCACCUCCACCCGCCAUUCCCGAACCACUUCAUCCUCAGAAUCCCAACCAUAGGCACCGUCUGCCGCCGGACGGCAAAGAUAGCUCGACGUCGUCGCCAGCUGCGUCGCUUAGCAAGCUCAGGAAGAUCCCUCCGAUCCCAUUCCAUAGAGGCCAACACAGAGACGGCGCCGCAGGGGCGAGGGAUAGUGAAGAUGAUGAGGAGGAGUUGCAUUCGUCUCCGAAUAUCGUGCCCUCCCUCGGCCUCAACCACAUUCGAACCAAAUCUGCUCCAUCGCCGUUGCGGUUGUCGUCUUUGGCUCAAUCACCUUCCAUCCCUUCAAAUGAUGGAAAAAUCGAUAAGCUUCACCAGCCACCAAGUUCCUUGGGGCAAGGGAAAACGAUCCAGCAGAAUCAAGCAAAAUCCUUGAAAUUUCCAUCAGCAAUCAAUUCACCGUUGAAGGACCAUCAUGCUGCCUUUGCCAAGGAAAUCCAAUCUCCACGUUUUCAGGCUAUACUACGCCUUACAAGCGGACGAAAGAAGAAAACCACCAAUAUUAAGAGCUUCUCCCAUGAACUCAACUCCAAAGGAGUACGACCAUAUCCAUUUUGGAGGCCUCGUGCAGUAGGGCAUAUGGAAGAGAUCAUGGUAGUUAUAAGAGCAAAGUUUAACAAAUUAAAGGACGAAGUGAACGGUGAUUUGGGUGUUUUUGCUGGAGAUUUGGUGGGUAUACUUGAAAAAUCUACAGAGUCUCAUCCUGAAUGGAAAGAGAGUUUGGAAGAUCUGUUACUUGUAGCCCGGAAGUGUGCAAUGAUGUCGCCUAAUGAGUUUUGGGUGAAAUGUGAAGGCAUUGUUCAGAAUCUAGAUGAUCAUCGUCAAGAACUACCCAUGGGAACCCCCAAACAAGCUCAUAUACGCCUUCUCUUUAUCCUUACUAGGUGCACCAGGCUUGUGCAGUUUCAGAAGGAGAGUGGUUAUGAAGAGGAUCGUGUUCUGGGACUUCACCAACUCAGUGAUCUUGGAGUCUAUCCAGAACAAAUUCUUAAUGCUCUGCAUCAAGACUUCAGUGGCCCAUUGGGUGGGCAUGAAGUGAAUGAGAAGCAUACUAAGAAGUCUCAUGGGCAAGCCCAAAGUGGCUUGAUUACAAAGACAGAGCAUCUGUAUCAAAAUUUAAGUUUUGGAGCUGAUGAUUUGGAGGCUGACAAUGCGAUCAGUGUUGAUUCACCCGCAAGCAGCUACAGGAUGUCGUCUUGGAAGAAACUUCCAUCUGCUGUUGAGAAAAACCAGAGGAAAGGCUUUGAUGCAUUUGAUUCCCCUUCCAAGGAUAGUUCAGACCAAUUGCAAGUUAAAGAUGGAACAGAAACUAAUAUUGAUGAUAAUGCUAAAGUGCAGAGAGUUUCUUGGGGACUCUGGCGGGAUCAACAGAAUGCAACAUAUGAAGAUUUGAUGAUCUGUCGUAUUUGUGAGGUUGAAAUACCAACUGUACAUGUUGAUGAUCACUCUCGAAUAUGCACAAUCGCUGAUAGAUGUGAUCUAAAAGCAUUAACUGUAGAUGAGAGGCUUGAAAGAGUUGUAGACACUCUUGGAAGAAUAUUGGAGUCAUGGAUGCCAAAAAGCACAAGUACUGUAGGUGGAACCCCUGAAGUUGCAAGAGUUUCUACAUCCAAUGUGCUUGAGGAGUUGGAGUCAUCAUUGCACAAGCAGAAUGGUUUGUCUUGCCGAUGCUCUGAAGACAUGCUUGAUUGUAUCCCUGAAACUGAUAAUGCUUUCAUUGAUGACCUGAAUGUCGUUCCAGAAUUAUCAUGCGAAGCACAUUCAGUUUUGACACCUAGGUUAGGUACAAAAUCCUCAUCUGCUGGGAGUUUAACCCCUCGAUCACCAUUACUAACACCACGAACUAGCCAGAUAGAAUUGCUGUUGAGUGGACGAAGGACAAUUUCAGAGCAUGAGAAUUUUCAGCAGAUACUCAAGCUAUUGAAUAUUGCUCGUUCUGUUGCCAAUGUAAAGAAGAAUGACUACAGUGCAUUGGAAUACAUGCUUGACCGCCUAGAAGAACUAAAAUAUGUUAUCCAGGAUAGAAAGGCGGAUGCCCUUGUUGUAGAGACAUUUGGGAGACGUAUAGAGAAACUAAUGCAGGAGAAAUAUGUACACCUUUGUGGUCAGAUAGAAGAUGUCAAAUUGGAUUCAUCAAAUAUCAUGGCUGAUGAAGAUAGUCUAGUGGAAGAUGAUACGGUUCGUAGUAAGCGGACAAGCCCUAUAAAGGGUUCUAAGGACCGAACAUCUAUAGAAGAUUUUGAAAUCAUAAAACCCAUUAGCAGAGGGGCAUUUGGGAGAGUUUUCCUUGCUAGAAAAAGUGCUACUGGUGACUUAUUUGCUAUAAAGGUUUUAAAGAAGGCAGAUAUGAUUCGUAAAAAUGCAGUUGAAAGUAUUCUGGCCGAGCGUAACAUUCUAAUAUCAGUUCGCAAUCCUUUUGUGGUUCGGUUUUUCUACUCCUUCACAUGCAGGGAAAAUCUGUAUCUAGUCAUGGAGUACCUAAAUGGAGGAGAUCUAUAUUCUUUGUUGAGAAAUCUAGGUUGCUUGGGUGAAGACAUGACCCGUGUAUAUGUUGCAGAACUUGUUCUUGCUUUGGAGUAUUUGCAUUCCUUGAAUGUCAUUCACAGGGACUUGAAGCCAGACAACUUAUUGAUUGGUCCUGAUGGUCACAUCAAGUUGACAGAUUUUGGGCUCUCCAAGGUUGGUCUGAUCAACAGCACAGAUGACUUGUCAGGCCCAUCAUUCAGCAGUACUGCUUUUAUCGGACAGGAACCAAAUACUGUAGUACAACAAUCAUUAAAGAGAGAGCAGCGCCAGAAGCAUGCUGUUGCUGGCACCCCUGAUUAUUUGGCUCCUGAGAUACUUCUUGGCAUGGGACAUGGUGCAACGGCUGAUUGGUGGUCUGUGGGUGUUAUUCUUUUCGAGCUGCUUGUGGGUAUUCCACCGUUCAAUGCAGAACAUCCACUGCAAAUUUUUGACAAUAUUAUGAAUAGAGACAUACCCUGGCCCAAGAUACCUGAGGAGAUGAGCAAUGAGGCAUAUGAUUUAAUCAACAAAUUGCUUAUUGAAAAUCCAGUUCAAAGGCUAGGGGCAACAGGGGCCAGAGAGGUGAAGCGACAUCCUUUUUUCAAAGAUAUUAAUUGGGAUACGCUUGCAAGGCAAAAGGCCAUGUUCAUACCAUCAGCAGAAGGUGAAGACGACACAAGUUAUUUUACAAGCCGGUAUAUAUGGAAUCCAGAAGAUGGACUUGUCUACGGAGAUAGUGACUUCGAUGAUAUGACAGAAACAUGCAGCAUUUCAUGCAGCAGCGGAUCAUUCAGUUAUCUACUCGAUGAAGAUGGUGAUGAAUGUGGUCAUUUGGCAGGCUUCAGUGCUGCUCCACCCCUUGACGUGAAGUACUCAUUUAGUAAUUUCUCAUUUAAGAACUUGUCCCAGCUGGCUUCUAUCAACUAUGACUUGGUUGUGAAAAGUUCAAAGGAAUCCCCAACAGCAUCUGAACCACCUGUCCAGUGAUGAUGAAGAUAGAUACUUGAGAAGAUGCACGCAUACUCUAUAUAAAUUUAAAGGCUUCCAUGACAAUUUUCUGCUCUGCGCAUUCCUUUCACAUUCCAGAAAACCAGUACUCCUGUGUGUGUAUGCCUUGGGAGAUGCUUCAUCUGAAAGGUUCAAGAAGGGGCUCUUCUGGUGUGACAUGUUUUCAUUUUUGGGACCAGCAGUAAAUUUUCUAAUUAAGAAGAUGGAUUGCCUGCUGGAUGCCGCCUGUUCAUUCCAAUCAUUCACGCUUAGAGUUGGGUUGUCGAAACUGGCAGCUCAAUCUCUGGUUUUCUAAUUACAUGCACAGAAUUCAUUACAUAAUGACUCUGGAGAGAGGUUUUUUUUUUUUUUCAGCCACUAGACUUCUUUUUUCCCCCUCACUUGUAUAUAAAUGCUCUAGCAGUGGAUGUAGCCUUGGUUACAAUUAGCAUAAUGUAGGAACUUGUAAAUUAAUUAGU